GCUCACAAAAUAUAUAGAAGUUGGGGAUGGGAUUGCCCGGCUUUUUAUAUCGUGAAAAAUUUGAUUUUGCAUAGGUUAAUUGAUGAUCUAACAUAAUAUACUUUACAUUAUUUAUCUGCUGUUAUCACGCCGAUUUUAUUAGAUAUUUGUCAUUUAUCAAGAGAUUCUUUUGUCAAACAGAAAUAUACGCUGUUUUCAUUUGUCAAGUUGACAAUCAGCAACAAACAAAAUUUUUAACAGAUAAUGCGUCACGUAAAAUCAUGAAGUACUACAAGAAUCCCGAUUGCGUGCCCUUGGAGGAAUUGCAAUUAAAUAUUAAAAAUGAUGGAGUAAUUGUUGUAAUAGGUGCAUUGAAUAUAAAAUGGGCAGAUAAACGUUAUUUCUUACAUUACAAAGUGCCAGAAAUAUACAAUGAUGAUGGAUCAGAAAUUAUGGGUGCUAGGGAACAUUGGAUAGAAGUUAUAAGUUAUAUCAUUGAAGAUUUAAAUUGGUUACUUGAUCUGCCAUUUUAUAGAUUUUGGUCCAACAUUGUAUACAAUACUUCAAUCAUGGAUACAUUAGUAUCUUUUUUACAAGAGGCACCACCUUUUUAUGCAUUAGAAAAUUUUCCUAGUGAACCAGGAAUGCUUGAAGCGUUAGAAGAGCUUCGUUAUAAUGUACUUAUGGUUUUUGCACGUCUUGCUACAAACAAAGAAAGUUCGACAGAAUAUAUGAGCCAUCCAUUUCUUGGAAAUUUGUUAUAUGACAAUUACAUAUUUACAAUACCAAUUAUAUUUGAUUUAUGCCAAUUGUAUGGUAGAGAAAAUGCUAAAAUCAUAGAAAAAAUAAUAUGUAGUAUAUUUACUUUGCAACCAAUGUACAAUGAUGAUCUUAAAAAGUCUGUGACAUGUCUUAUAAAGGCUUUUGAAAAUGUCGAGAGGAGAUUCGAAAAUCAUCUAGGUGACACAACUGAAGCAGUGGCACUUUCAGAGAAAGAAAAUAAUUCCAUCGAGAUGACAUUAUAUAAUUUAGAGGAUUUGAUAUUGUACAUUCUAGAUGUAUCAUCGACUCUUACUAUAUUAUUAAAAAAUUAUUUUCCAGUAAUUACUACAUUUCACAGAGAUGAUUUCAUAAACAAACUAAUUGUAUUUUAUGGAAAUACAAUACCUGAGAUGUAUAAAAAAUUAGACAAGUUAGCAUAUAAUGAUGAAAAUAUGCCAAAGUAUAUUGAAUUGAAGCAUCGUCUUGAUGUAACUAGAGUAGAAAUGUUAAAUCUUUAUCGAAUUAUUGUCUACGAACCUAUAUUAAAUAUUCAAGAAAAAAUGAACACAAUAAUGGAAAGUGAGAUAAGAAAUUGUAUAGAUGAAUAUUUGAAUUUACUGAUGAAUGCUAUGUCAGAAAAGGAAUUCAUUAUUGAUUACCAUAACUUUUAUCCUAUUAAUGUCGAUCUUGAAACAGUUUCCACACUCUGCCCUGAAAUUGAUCCAAUAAAAUAUGAUUUUAUCUUACAAUCAUUAUACGCAUCGAUUGGAGAUACUAAAGCAUUAGUUAAUGCAUCUCACAAUAAUAUAAAUAUGGCUGUUGCUGAAUCUAACAAUGUUCAAAGCAAUCAACAGAAAGAACAUUGCAAUAAUGUGAAUUAUAUAAACAAUAAGAUAGAAUCUAUUUCCAAAGAUCCUGACAAAAUGAUGUCCUUUAUCUCAAAAGUGAGAGAAAUCUUGUGUGAUUGUGGUGAAGGUUUCAUACAGCUAUGUUUAAAGCAUUACAAUUAUGAUGUUUCAUCUGUAGUAAAUGCAGUUCUAGAAAAUAGUUUACCACCUGAUUUGAAAAAAUUAGAUAGGACACUACCAUAUAUACCACCAGAUCCAAUGGAAGCAUCAGCUGAUGUAGAUUUGGCGAUUGGUAUUCAAAGGUUAAAUGUUUUCGAUAAUGAUGAAUUUGAUAUUAUGACACAGGAUGUUAUAGAUACAUCAAGGAUUUAUUUGGGAAAAAAGAAAGAUAAGUACAAAAAUGCAAAUGAAAUGUUGAAUGAUAAAUCUGAAAUCAAGAAAUCUCGAGAAAUUUAUGAGAAGUAUAGCAUUGUCGACAAUUAUGAUGAUGAGUAUGAUGAUACAUAUGACAGCCAUGACAUUCGUGGAAAUGCAGCGGAUGAUUCUAUAGAAACAGAUGCCAAACCAUUUACUACUCCAAGAAUACUUUGUGCACGCGAUAAAAAUAAUGUUAGUUCUGAAGAUGAAACCGAAGUUGAAGAUGAGAAGCCAGUACAAAAUGAUCAUUUUGUACAGAAUCCAGCGGAAUUACGUGCUAAAGUCGAACAGCAGAGACAAUCGACAAGAGAAGGCAGAAAUGCGCGUGAUGUAGUUGGUAAACCCAAAGGUCAAGGGCAAAACAAAGAUGUCCUGACUAAUAGACAUAAGAAAAAUGUGUACAAAAAUAUGCAGGGCAAUCACAAUCGCCGCAUGGGUUCUCAAAUAAAAAGAAGACAAGGAAUGAUUCCAUCUUAGAGAAGGCU